AGUGCGUAGUUAGUCGGCCAGUAUCCAUGAGGACCACCCUGUACACCAUCGAUGAUAGUUCUUGUCGUCGCGGCCGGCGGCGGCUCGCAUUGAACCAUGUUCAGCAAAAAACUUCAUGUAGACGUCAAAAAGUCAACAUUGAAGAUCCAGGAUGUUAAAAAGGAUAGCGCGACCCGGUUCAAGCACCUUAAGAUCGUACUAGAAAAUGUGGACACUGAUGAGGCAAAGGGGUUUUUUGAAGGCAACUUUAGUCAUGUCUAUUUUAUUCUUUAUGAUUGUUUUGUCUCAGCUGAAGCAAACCUGCGGCAAAGAGUGCACAAAGCACAUAGGGAGGAAUUGGAGCAGGUGUUGCAGCUUUUAGAGAAAGUUCUAACACUUCUCCCCGAGCUACUUAACAGAAGAUGGCAGUGUCAUAGUCUGGCAAGGAUUUUACAGAAACUUUUACACCCCGGUAAUAGUUGGAAACUUCGUAGGCAAGCCAUAAGGUAUUUCGUUCUGUGGUACCAAGCACUUGGUGAAAAUGCACCUGAACACAUACAUCAAAUGUUUGCCAGCCUGGUACCAGGUUUUCCACCCCAACAACCGUCUCCCUACAAGUCGGACCGUAAGGUGGAUGGUAAAAAUAAACCUGCAAAAGUAGCUGGUUGUGAUGAUAAAGACAAGAAGGAGUUUUACGAUACACAAUUAUCACAAAGUACUUUUCAUGACAAUGGCUCGAGUCAGUGUCCGGUCAAUCCAGUUGAUGGUGGACCGAUUUUACCUCCACAAAGUGGAGAAAAGCCUCUUGAUAAUGAGACUGUUCGAUUUUUAGAAGCAUUACUUGAAUUUAUGGUUACUCAGGUUGUAAAAAUAGAAUGGCGAGAUAAAUCUUCACGACAGCACAAGACUUUCCAGUUUUUAUUAGAACGUUUUAAGGCUACAUACCUUCGUCAUAUAUGCCCUGAGUUCGACGAUAAUUUUUCCUUGUACAAACCUAAUUUAGAAUUGCCUAUGAUGCGUAAACCAACGAAUCAAAGUCAGGAUAAUUAUGUACUGUGUAAAGUCGCGUUAAUCAAAUGGAUUGCUAGUUUCACGCAUAUCGCUAGAAAAGAUGGUCUCUUCGCACAUCUUUCGCAGAGCACAACUCCAAACGAAGAAACCACGGAGUCGGAGCUUCGUCGUGUUUCGGUCACACAGAGUUCCACCGAUUCUAGUUUACUGUCGCCUGAAUCAACUGUAUCUCAGCAGGAGAAUCAAAAUCAGGAGGAUAGUACCGUCUCAGCUGUCACUCUUGUCAGGGAAGUUCUUUAUGGUAACAGAGACAACGUGAAUUUUGUACAUGAAUUGUAUAGACAAGCAUUUCUUUUGGACUUUAAUCAUGCCGGUGCUAUAAGAAAGGCUAUAGCCGUUUAUAAAGAUUGGAUACAGAUGAAUGAACUUCCUCCGUUCAUGUUAGAACCAUUGGAUAGUCACAAAGAAAGAGAUUUAGAAGAUACCCUGAAGAAGGAUGGCAACGAUAUGGACAAAAGUCCAUCUGAAAGUUAUCGUCAAACAAGAUUGAGGAAUGAUUCAUACCUCGGUGCUAUACACAGGGAGAAUUUGUUUAUCAGAGCGGGCUUGCAAAAUGUUCUGCAAAUAUUCAUUACGCAGGCUUCGAACGUUUUUUUCUUAGAAUAUUCGGGACUGAAUGCGUCCAUGACGUUACUGGAGGAGCAAACGGAUAGCUGUAAAAGAGUGUUGAACGUAUAUCGUUACGUCGUUAUGCAUUCUAGAUUAGAACCUAGUACUUGGGAACAGUUGCUUAGGGUAUUGUUACAAAUAACGUCGCUCGUUCUGAAUGAAAAAACCUCACGACGAAAAGUUCAAGACAGCAUCGGCGGUAAACUCGCACCCGCCAUAUUUCAAACAUUAAUUGUCACGUGGAUUAAAGCCAAUCUGAACGUUGUUAUUUCUACUCAGUUGUGGGAUCAGUUUCUGGAGGUGUUGACAUCUUUGACCCAAUGGGAAGAAUUAAUUCGAGAGUGGGCGAAAACGUUGGAUACUUUAACGAGGGUACUCGCGAGGCACGUGUACAACCUGGAUCUCAAUGAUCUACCGUUAGAUAGACUGAGUGAGCAAAAGACUAAAAAACGUCGGGGUGUCGGAAGUCGAGCCGCCUCUACCGGAAGUGUCCAACCGCCGCGGAAAGGAAGCGUUGAUCAAGAAAAUCAUACAGCUUCUAAAGAUAAUGUUACUGAUCAUCCAAUGCGAGAUUUGAGAAAAGUACGACCUCUGCCGCGCAGUGCAAGCGAUAACACGAUAUAUAAUGGAAAAGCUCGUGCGAAGCUCCAUAGGAACCGUACUCAUACCGUGCACAGCGGUAUUCCCGUACUCCCCCUAUCGAUAGAGCAAGAUAUGGCGCGGUUACUGUCAAGCAGUACUGCGUCUUCGUCGGGACGGACCAGGAAAAUGUUCGCGAACAGGCGUGCUAAGUCGCUGGACAGCAUUGUCAUAGUUGACAGCGAACCACCGUCACCGCGUUGUCCGUCUCCGACGCCCAGCAGCGGGGUCGACAGCAACAAAGACAGCCCCAUACAAAUUGAAAACAUUGACGGCAGUAGUAUCGAUACAAAUGAUGCAUCAGAAAGGAGAUCUGUUAUGGCUGGUGGUGGUGUUCGUGGAUGGUUACCUGAUGUGGCAGUGGUAUUAUGGAGACGUAUGUUGUCAGCAUUAGGGGAUGUAAAUAACAUUCAAGAUCCAACUCUUCAUGGUCAAGUAAUGGAUUACCUUGUGCAGCUUACGCAAACGCUCGUAAAGAUUCGUUUAAAUCAAGGCGUGUCUGGAGACAAUCAGGUAACGCCUCCAGCUCCGGAGCUCAUUCCUCCAUUAACAGUGAUUGCUCCUUGGUGUUUCAAGGCGAUACAACUUCCCGAUCAAUAUGAAGUCGGCAAGCUAGCAGCAUACCGUUUGAUCUGUCUGUUGACUAUACAACCGCAGGACAUCAAUCUACCGAAACAACACCUGACUCUGUUUUAUCGUGCAGUUCACAAUGGUAUCGUCAGUAAUGACAGUAAAGUGCUUCACGUGCUUGUGAAGUAUACUGGACCCAGGUUGUUCAGUUUGAAUCUUCCCGGCUCCAGUCUACUGAACUUGGAUUACAUUCACGCUGCUAAUGUGAUAUUGAGCAGUCAAGAUAUCGGGGCGCCAAGGACAGAAGCUGUUUCAAUAAUUGGAUCGUUAUUGUCGUUGCCUGUCACCGCGGUUAAAUUGCCUGUACUGCAACCCACUGCAACCGAUAUUGUAACCAUGACAUGUCCAGACGCAAAAGAGCAUAUAAUCACGAUACUCUUAAGAAGCUGUAGACGCGAACCAACUGGCAUCGCAAGAUGCGUGGCGCUCUCAAGCAUUGCUAUGUUCGUUUAUAGAGAACUAUGCUAUAAAAAUCAACACCCGAGAAUCCCUGAGUCGGUCACAGUUCUUCUUUUAGCGCUGAGAGCCAGUCAUGCCACUGUUGCUCAAGUGGCGUGCGACUCUCUCCAAUUGUUGUGUGAUAAAGCGGAUACCCUCCUGGAGUUGUAUCCAAAUGUGCCAUCGAAAAUAAUUCAAAUUUUGUCAGAAACGCUUGGAUAUAUGAGUGCUCGAGAAAGACGCGGCCCAUUGACAAUAUCAAUGUUAUUUUGCUUGGGCGAAUGGGCAAUGCAUCUGGGUCCGGAUGUCUUAUUGCGGGUGUUUCAGGGAAAGCCUUUGUUAAUGACUUUAUUCACCGUCUUGGAUAAUAUAGUACAAGACAAAAGUAGCAAGGGUUUGUCACAAUCAAACAGAAGCCACGAGGAUGAAGACGACGACUUUGAUCCGGACAUUACUUUGGACAAUUUAGCUGAUGAGACUUGCGUCAAGUCACCUCGCAGGGGCAAUAUUCAGUCUGUUCAACUGGCAGCAAAAAUGGUAAUGAUGCAUUUAAUAAAUCACCUGGGACACUUUCCAAUGGGCAUUGGAGCCGCUCGUUUGUCCUCGUUGGUCGUCGAAUUGGACGAUGUACCAGGAAUUGAUGGAGAUGAGCUAUCGUCCGCCAUUUUUCAUGCACCGAAUAUACAAUUGUUGAUGUUGUCAAACUCCGUGAUAAUGUCACUCGUUGAGCUAGCCGCACUGGAUGCACCAGGUGGCGGUGUCACGGCUGGUUUAACAACAGCUCCGUCGUUGGUCAGAGUUUUAUUGAGAGAUUUGGCGGGAAAAGCUUCGUGGGACAGCUCUAUCUUACAUAGUCAACCGUCUGUUGACGACGAUAUUCCGGUAGCAUUUACAAAGCACGUCGAAUGGAAAACGAAACCACACGGUGACGAUUUAAGCAGUGUUAUAACGCCUCAGACGUGUACACCUCGACAUACUAUACGGCACCGUGAACCUCACGUUUUACCUACGUUUACGAAUGGUGCGAGCGAUAUGGAUAACUUAGAUGAUCUCUUACAAUACAUAGGACAUACCAGUCCCGAAGUAUUAACCAAUCCAGAAAUAGCACUCAAUGCGCCAGCAAACCCUCCGCAGGGUCACUACCUCGAAAGCGAAACUAUUGCCACCAUUCUCAGUCAGAGGAAUGCAGAACAGGAGCAUAUCAACAAUUGGAGUCAACAUAUUAGCAUGUGCGCAUCGGCAAUAAGUCCGCCUUCCUGUCGUCCACCUCCAGCGCCGUUUCAUCACUGCCGCCUUCUGUUUUCGCAUUUCGGUCUGUCUGGUUGGGAACAGCGUCGAAAACUGCAUUUACUGUCCAAAAACGAGAAGCUGUUACGGGAGCUACGAAAUCUCGACAGUCAACGAUCCAGAGAAACGCAUAAAAUCGCGGUGAUCUAUGUCAGUCAAGGGCAGGAAGACAAGAACUCUAUACUGAGCAACGUUACAGCUAGCAAGGAAUACGAGGACUUCGUCGCGAGAUUAGCUUGGGAGGUCGAACUUGAAUCCCACACAGGUUUCCUCGGUGGCCUCGUUCCUGGGAAAGCUUCGGGGGUCACAGCACCGUACUUUGCGACGUCUUUCACUGAAAUUCUGUUUCAUGUGGCGACCAGGAUGCCUUCGGACUGUCCAGAAAGUUUGUUGCAAAAGACUCGCCAUCUUGGAAACGAUGAAAUUCACAUAGUUUGGUCGGAACACUGGAGGGAUUAUCGCAGAGACAUCAUACCAACGGAAUUUUGUGAUGUUUUAAUAGUGAUCUACCCGUUGCAAAAUAAUUUGUACAGAAUUCAGAUAUCACGAAAGGCAGAAAUUCCAUUUUUCGGGCCGCUGUUCGACGAGUGUAUCGUGGAGGAUAAAGUUCUGCCUGGAUUAGUAAGAACAACAGCUCUGGCGGCGAGUCGAGCGAAACGUUCUACGCUUACGUUGUAUCAACAUUAUUAUGAGGAGAGAGCGAGGUCCAUUGAUACUGUUAUGAGGAAUCAUAAGGAAGCUACCACCUUCGAGGAGUUCACAGCGAACGUAUACUCUCCGGUGCAACCACCAAGCCCAUUCAGCGGGGCUUCAUCCGUAUCUGGAUCUACAACAAGCGUGCAAUCCACAGCAUCGUCAAACCUCGCAGCAGCGCUUAUAGAUUCACAUCAGGGUCGAUCCGGGCUACGAAGUUCAUCGGCGGCGAGCAGUGAUAACCGCGCGAAUAGAGUAUCCGAUGGAAGUAGAGUGUGGUUCAGUAACGACACUCCAGAUAGUACGGCGCUCCAUGGGAUUUCCCCUAGACCCGUAAAGAAGAUGUCGUUUAAGACCGGACCGAAACAGAGGGCAAACACUCAACCCACGCCACCUGACAGUCCAAGAUAUAAAUAAGGAAUUUUAUAUCAGUACCGUAAAAAAAAAAAGGAACACUUUUUGCACAACAGGUUGUUUUGGGAGUCAACACACCCGGGAAAUUGUAAUUUAAGAGAAUUCUUUAAAAUGCUAAUUAACAGGACGCGUUACGAUAAUACAGUACACACGAGGAUGACCCGCUCGUCUCUACGUUCAAGUUAGUAGAGUUUGG